UAUCAGGAAUAAUAUCAAAAUGGCUGAGAAUUCACAAGUAAAGACAAAUAAAAGAUCCCGGAAUGCCUGGACUGAUAGCGGCGAAAACUUGCUGAUUGAACUGUGGGAAGAGAAUAUAUCUCAAUUGCGGAGCCGCCGGCGAAAUAGCCAUAUAUUUAAAGAUAUGGCGACGGAAUUAUGUAAAAUGGGUUACACGGUAACCGCUGUAGAAGUGCAGAGAAAGGUGCAUAACUUCACCCAGCGCUUUAGAAAGGAGCAGCAAAGUGUUGGAGUGUCCGAAGGGUCCCUAUCAACUUGGAGGUUUUCUGAAGGAAUUAGUAAGAUUUUGGGAAAUUUACCACUCCACAACAUUACUGGGCUAAUUCCAAAUAGUUUUGGAGACCAGGAACCAGCACCAUCCACUUCAUCUUGUGCAUCGUCGCCGAUAUUGCCAGCGUCCUCACCAUGGUGCUCCAGUUCUGACAUCUCUGAAGGUAAUACGCAGGAAACGCCUAAAAGAAAAAAAAAAAAGGAUGAUGAAAGAUUAGAUAAACUAAUCAAUCUGCAAGAAAAGCUUGUAGAUUCAUUUAAUACUGCUAAUAAAAAUAUUACCGAUAUAGUUAAAGCUCUGGAAACCGGCAAUAGUAUUUUGGCUAGAAUGGCGGCGUCGAUGGAGAAAAGAUAUCCGUACGAAAGCGUCGUAUCGGAUGAGGAUUCAAAUGACUGACCUUUUUUCUUAUUUUUUUUAUA